AUGAGAGAGAUCGUAAGCAUUCACAUUGGUCAGGCCGGAGUUCAGGUCGGGAAUGCUUGUUGGGAGCUUUAUUGUCUUGAACAUGACAUUAAACCUGAUGGCUUCAUGACGAGUGAUGAUUUACAAGGCACGGGCAACGACUCGUUUAAUACGUUCUUUAGUGACACCGGUUCGGGGAAAAACGUACCAAGAGCCGUAUUUGUUGAUCUUGAACCAACUGUCAUCGAUGAGGUCCGGACUGGGGCAUAUAGACAACUCUUCCACCCCGAACAACUCAUUUCUGGCAAAGAAGACGCUGCCAAUAACUUUGCUAGAGGACACUACACAGUGGGCAAAGAAAUUCUUGAACUAUGUCUUGACCGAGUCCGAAAGUUAGUCGACAACUGCACCGGAUUGCAAGGCUUUAUGGUCUUCAAUGCCGUUGGUGGUGGCACUGGUUCGGGCUUAGGUUCGUUGCUUUUAGAACGUCUUUCGGUCGAAUAUGGAAAAAAACCAAAACUUGGGUUUUCUAUCUUCCCAUCUCCACAAGUUUCGACUGCGGUUGUCGAGCCUUUUAACAGUGUGUUAUCGACUCACUCGCUUCUCGAACACACGGAUGUUGUCGCACUACUCGACAACGAAGCGAUAUACGAUAUUUGUAGAAAGGCGUUAGACAUUUCCAGGCCAAGUUACACCAACUUAAACCGCUUGAUUUCUCAAGUAAUCUCGUCUUUAACCACCUCAUUAAGGUUUGAUGGGGCGAUUAACGUUGAUAUUACAGAGUUCCAAACGAACUUAGUUCCGUACCCUCGUAUUCAUUUCAUGCUUUCAUCGUAUGCGCCUGUGAUAUCAUCCGUUCGAGCUCAUCAUGAAGAGAACUCGGUGAAUGAGAUCACGACCGCGGUGUUUGAGCCGGCGAACAUGAUGGCUAAAUGUGACCCGACACAUGGGAAAUAUAUGGCUUGUUGUUUGAUGUAUCGGGGUCAAGUGAUACCCAAGGAUGUUAAUACUGCUAUUGGUUCUAUCAAGAACAAACGUACAGUUCAGUUUGUUGACUGGUGUCCUACAGGUUUCAAGUGCGGAAUCAACUACCAGGCACCAUCAGUAGUCCCUGGCGGCGAUCUUGCAAAGACUAAACGUGCGGUGAGCAUGAUAAGUAACAACACCGCGGUUGGUGAGGUUUUUAAUCGCAUUGACCACAAGUUUGACCUGAUGUAUGCAAAACGAGCAUUCGUGCAUUGGUAUGUUGGUGAAGGAAUGGAAGAAGGCGAGUUCUCAGAAGCCCGUGAAGAUCUUGCUGCACUCGAGAAAGAUUACCAGGAGGUCGGAGAAGACGCCCAGGAAGAAGAGGAACAAGAAGAAGAGUGA